UCCCGCUGGUGCUGCGCACUUUGCAGAAGUCCUUGUGUCAAGAAAUUGUGACACCGAUGUGUUAAAAACAUAACUCCCCAAGAAAAGCCUGCGUGGAAGCAAAAGCCCCAGCGACUGAUUUUCAUGGAUUUUCCGUCAUUGCGCACAGUUGACCUCUGCACUUCUUCCCUUGAGCCACGGGAAUUACUGCUUUUGUUGAAGUUAGGAGGAGGAGCAGGAUGGAUGUGCUGCGGCCCCCCUUGAUAAGGAUCGGGGGGCGAGUGUACCGGAAAAAUCUCAUCCAAGAGCAGGCCUUCCCACACGAGGAGGAGGAGGACUUCUGUGCAGGCCCUGGUGACUGUGUGGAUGAACCCUGCGAUGCCUUUGUGGUGGAGGAGACCGAGCGAGGCUUCCAGUGCCGGCUGGACGUUCCCAGCCCCUUGUACAAGUACAUCAUUGGGAAGAAAGGGGAGACCAAGAAGAGGCUAGAAACAGAGACUCGAACCUCCAUCAGCAUUCCCAAACCUGGAGUAGAAGGAGAAAUUGUGAUCACGGGGCAGCAGCGGAGCGGUGUUGUCUCUGCCCGGACGCGGAUCGAUGUGCUCCUGGACAGCUUCCGCAAGAAGCAGCCCUUCACACACUUCCUGUCCUUGGCUCUCAACCAGCCUGCCAUCCAGGAAAAGUUCCUGCAGUUCAAGGAGGAGGUGCUGGAGAAGUGCUCAAAGGAUCAUGGGGUCAGCAGCAGCCUGUUCCAGAACCCUGCAAAGCUUCACCUGACUCUUGGGACACUGGUGCUCCUGAACGAGCAAGAGAUCCAGAAAGCCUGUGACCUCCUGCAGCGAUGCAAAGAGGACUUUGUGGACCAAAUUACUGGAGGCCAGCCUCUGACAGUGGAAGUGGCAGGAGUGGAGUACAUGAAUGAUGACCCUGCCAUGACAGACGUCCUUUAUGCCAAAGUCCACAUGAAGGAUGGCUCAGACAGGUUGCAGAUGGUUGCUGAUCAGCUGGUGGAACGGUUUGUGGCCUCAGGCCUGAUGCUUAAAGAAUGGGACAGGGUGAAACUUCAUGCCACAGUCAUGAACACACUCUUCAGGAAAGAUCCAACUGAAGAACGAAACAACACAAUGACUGGUAAAUCAUCUUUCAAGGAGCGGGAGUCAUUUAAUGGCCAAAAUAUUCUCAAGCUCUUUGAGAACUUCCACUUCGGGGAGGUGCAGCUGGACUCGGUGCGUCUCUCCCAGAGGUUCUCCUCAGACGCCUCUGGCUACUAUGCAACAUCUGGGCAGCUGUGCUUCUCCUGAGGUGGCCAUAGCAGGUCUGCUCUGUGCAUGAUCCCUCAGUGAAAGGUUUUAGAGGACCUGAAUCUUCAAUGGGAACCUGGGAACUCCAAGCUGGGAUGCCUCAUGACUCCUCCAAAGCAUGGGAACCAUGACAUUUCCCUGCAGCUUUUCCCACUGCUCUCUUCUUUGGGGUUGCCAAGAGUCCUUCCUCCUUCUUCCCCCAAAAUGUCACGAAGUUGCCUCUUUGAUGUCUGUGGAUGGCCGAUUUUCCAGGAAAACGACUAGAACUGGGGCUUUUGGGGCAUCGCCGGUGUUGAAACAUGGCUUUUUUUUUUCAGAAGAAGGGAGUUCUUAAGUAUUUAAAAUCCAGGAGAGCUGUGCUGGAGCACGAUUUAACAAUAUUGAGGUCAGGCAUUGCUUGGAUCUCCAGCAGUGUGCCUGUGUGAUGUAGAUCUCCAAAUAAAUGAAUUCCCUUCAAAAGCAAA